UUGACUGUUCCGAGUGUCAGGUUCAUUGUGGCGCAGUCGAAGCCCUGUCAUGGUUGGUGUCGGAUGCUGGCCAGUGCCAUUCUCUCCAAUGUGUCGGUGGAAACUAUUGGAUACACUAGAAAAUAUACUCAUAUAAAGCGUGUCAGAUGGCUUCUUCGGUACAUUGAGAAGGAGAGGCUCCGGGACAGCGAUGUUGUUGUUUCUUUUGAUGGUGCUGAUACGCUUUUCAGUGGUGCCUCCACGGUGCAGCAGGCUGUAGACAGGUUCAUUGCCACGACAGCACCAACUCCCGCUGCCUUUGAUGCUGNAAACACUGCACACCACGCUGAACGGAACCCAUCAUUGACUGUUCCGAGUGUCAGGUUCAUUGUGGCGCAGUCG